GGACGUGGCUGCCUUGUCAAGGGGCGAUGUCCAGUAGGAAGCGGAAGCGAUUUUGGAACGUGAAAUGCACAUCCUUCCCAGAUGAGACAUCCCUACAGCUGAAAAAGUCAAAUGUCAGGACAUCAGUGGCUGCUACUUCAGUUUCCAAUGCGUGGCUUAGGUGCGGGGAUGGUUUUCAGAGCACUUCAGUGCUGGAGUCCCCAAGACCUACUGAUAAGAAAUCCAGGAUUAAGAAGAAUCUUGAAGCACUGUUAUCAUCUGCUGAAUGUGCAGCAGGAUCUGCUGCUACUGAAAGCUCUAAGGAAGCUGAGGGCAUUACAUGGACCUCUAGUGGUAGUGAUCUUUCAGAUGAUGGAAAUAAAACAUUGGUUCCAAGGUUGCAGUCUGAAAAAAUUCGGGCUUCCAAAAUAGAGGAUUUGCCUAGCAGUCAAGAGGACAGAAGCAGUGAAGAUGACUUGGAGUUCAUUGACUGGGAGCAGGAUAGUGAUUCCACCGAUUCGUGUGGUGGGUCAGAAAAAAGCAAUAGCUCACUGGAGAUAUCAGACUCGGACUCCUGCACAAAUCUUAAUUCUUUGUCUGUCAAAGAGGAGAGUGAUGGGAAUGAUGUGCUUUGUAAGACAGCUUUGACAGAAAUUUCUGAGUAUUCAUCCGAUAAUGACAGUGUGGGAGAAGGAGGGACGGGGCUGGCGACCACUGCUCCAGGAUCCACUAAGAGCUUACAGUCGAGGGCAGGAGUGGACACCGAGGAUGUUACAGCACGGCCGGCCAGCGAGUGGCUGAGGUCUGCAGAGGCCCUUCUCAGCACCCCCGGGAAGCAGGCGGGCAAAGCCCCCCGAGCCCUCGCCGAGUCUGUGCAGAAGAGGAAGCUGCUGAGGGGUGGGCUAGCUGAGAGGUUAUGUCGACUGCAGAACAGAGAAAGAUCUGCCAUUAGCUUUUGGAGGCAUCAGCGUAUUUCAGAUGCUAAAAUCCCCUCAGAUAAAUCUGGUGUCUUAAUUGUGAAGAUAUUAGAAAUGUUUGAGGAAUGUACAAUACAGGUUGCCAUCUGCCAGCAGCUGGAACAGUCUCCUGCUACCGUUUCAUCCAAGGAUGCUGUCGUCAAUGAAAGAGAACCAAUACUCAAAGUCCUCUUUGCGAGAGAGACAGCAGCUCACCUGAAGAGCAGGCCACAGGAUGUCAUCCACAUCUACCCUCCGUGGCAAAAACUGAUUCUGAGAAAUGCAGAUGUUCCUGUUAUCAUGAAUACGUAUUUUAGUGAGAAGGUGCUACCCAGUGUACAUUCAGAAACAAGAGAGAAGACAUCUGGUCUUACAAAGAUGCUUAUUAGGAAGAAUAUUAUAUCUUUGACAGAGACAUUCAGGCUAGAUGACGCUGAUGAUGAGUUACACCAGCAAACUUCAGAUGAUCAGGUCGCUUGUGCUCUGCAAAUCCAUAACAACUGUGAUUCGAAAAAGCAUCCCUUAGCACAGAGUGCUGUUAAUGAUUCUUUGCUUGAAAUGGUGGAAAGCCAGGGAGCAGUGGGUUGGAGAGAAGCACAUGUACGAGUCGUUAUCCAAAGGGUGUACUGUUUGCCUGCAAGAGAAGGAUAUGGAAGCCACGUUCAAGGAAAUAAGCCUCUUUGUGCAACACCCAUCAUAAAUUCAGAUCCACCGACUGUUAGGUUGUGCCUCCUUGUCCAGGAUGCCUAUGGUAUGUUCAGUGAAGUACAGUUGCAGCCCCUGAAUUCUGCAGAUGAUGUUGAGCAGUAUUGCAGGAGAUGGGAAGGAAAAUUCUGCUGCUUAGCUGGAAUGAAAAUUUUGCAAAGAACUACAAGAGGAAGGGCAUUAGGACUUUUUAGUCUGAUAGAGAGUCUGUGGCCUCCAGUAGUGCCUAUAAAAGUUCCUGGACAAAGUCAAGACUCUGAAACGAUGACAACUAAUCUUGCUCCUCCCAGCUUCUGUUAUAUUCUUACUGUUCAGUCUGGUGAAGUACAUGUGGAAGUGGAUGAAGAGGAACAGAUUUCUAAUUUGUACCAGCCACCAGCUGUUCAUGGUUUAAAGGAAAUUCUUCGGAUGGACAGUCAUAAUAAACGUUGUAGCUUUUGGGCGCAAGUGCUAUACCUAAGGCUGCAGACAAAGCAGAGCGUUCCUAUAAAUCAAAGAGAAAUUUGUUUGUUUGUGACUGACUCCACGCUGCAAAAUGUGGUUCAUAUGAUUCCAAAAGUUGUUGCCGUGUCAGUCGCUGCCUCGUGUGUUCUCAGUGCAGAAAUCGCAGAAGCCCUCAGUGUUACCUCACAGCUCGUCUUCUUCAAGGAUGCACUGUGGGGAAAUGGUAGGAUUAUUUGUGUUGAACGUACUGUUCUCUUAUUACAAAAGCCUCUUUUGUACUCGGCUGCUGGUGCUGACCUCAGUGAGCUGACUGACCCUGUCAGACUCGAUGAGCUGGAUUCUACAACACAGGCCAACUCCAUUUGUGCUGUAAGAGGUACUGUUGUUGGAGUUAAUGAGAGCACUGCUUUCUCCUGGCCUACCUGUGACAGAUGUGGCAAUGGAAAGUUGGAACAGUGUCCCCAGGACAGAGGAUCGCUGUAUUGCAGCCAGUGCUCUGAAGUUGUCAUUUCACCAGUUUUGAAAAUGCAGCUGGAAGUCUUCUUGAGUUGUUCAUCCCGACCUCAAAGUACAGUAAAAGUGAAGCUGUUACAAAAGACAAUCUCUUCCCUCUUGAUGUCCUCUGCCAGUGAGGAUGGGAGUUAUGAGGUGCAGAGCGUGCUGGGAAAGGAGGUGGGGUUAUUGAACUGCUACGUCCGCUCCAUAACCAGCCACCCCAACUGCAUUGCACUGGAGGAAAUUGUCCUUCUGGAAGCAGCAGCAAGACACUGAGUUGAACUCUAGUCAGCUAUUAUAGUAUCUGUGGACUUUGUAAUAUGGUUAUCUGUUAACUAGUGCCACAGAUAAUGUAUAAAGCAAGCGAGAUAAGUAUUCAAAUAGUUUAUUAAAACUGUGAUUUCCAGAGCACAUUGUGCGAGUCCUGGAGAAAUACCUAUACAAAAGAAAUCUGUUCAACUUUCUGAACUCUGCUUUUUCGGAUCAGUUCAGCAUUAAAGAACACAGUUCUUUGGUGUGUUUGCUGUUGAUGUGUAUAAACCAACUCAUGUGGAAGUUUUGAAUGGUUGUGAAUAUUUUUUCUUUCAUAAUACUGUAUUUAUGUGUAGAGGGAAUAUAUUUUACUGAUAUUUUCGAAAUAAAUACCUUGCUAUAGGCAGUGAACAUUGGUCUAAGCUGAGUUUUAUCAGUGGAUUUCAGAUGUACUGCUGGCUGCACUAGUUCUGAGUUGUAACAUUUGUUAUCACCUUGCAAUAAAUGUUAUAAAGAUG